CAUGACACGAAAACCAUCUCAUAAUUAAGCUCUUUUUGAUUAGUACAUUUAAUAUGAUGGUCCUGAAGGAGAAGGAUUUAGAAUUGCAUAAUCUGAUAGCUCAACUGAUAUUUAUAUUGUUGAUGAUUAUGGUGGUUGGGUGGAUAAAGAAUUAAAUUAUUAUGAUAGAGAUGGAGAACCUGCUGGUUAUUUUGAUUAAGAUUAUAAUUUCUAUGAUAUGAAUGGAUUCAGAAUACCUGGUGGUUAUAAAGGUGGAAAAUCUAUUGAAAGAGAAAUCAAGAAAAAAUAAAAAUACCUUGACAGUGUUCCAGAUAACACUAAAUAAAAGUUUGGUAUUUUUAUAAUUUAAUUUCAUAGUUGUUGAAAUCUAAAAUUUACCACCAAAUACAGUACCCAUUCAAAUUAUUAAUUAUAUAUUGGAUAGAUGUGAUUUGAAAUAAGGUGAAAUUGAAGAAUGUAAAAAAGUAUAGAAAUAAGCAACAAAAGGAUAUGUAGUUGUUACUGGGGCAGAUAAAGUUUAGAAAUUAUUAAUUUUGGAAGGUAGAAAAUUUAGAUUGUAGGAGAAAGUAAUUAUUAUUGUUUAUAUUAGGAUGGCAAAUAUACAAGUAAUGAAAUAUAAAUUUUUGUGAGAGAAGCUAAAUUCAAUAAUGGAAAACAAUUUUCAAAUAAUUCUAAUUAUUCUAAAAAUAAUUAAUAGGAAUAAGUUGAAUAGGAAGAUGAUGGAUAUAAAAUAGCUUUUGAAAAUCUAGAUACUAAAAAAGCAAAUCAAGAAUUCAUUAAUUGGAUUGUUAGUCAAACUAAUUGUAAAGCUGAUGAAAUAGAAUUAAAAAGACCUAACUAAAAACCUUCAGGAUAACUUACUUUAUAGAAUGAAAAUCUUAUGUACUUAAUUUUGAAAUAAAAUGGAAGACAAUUUGGUGAUUCCCGUAUUACCUUUAAACAAAGUAUUAUAUCUAAUUAAAUAUAGUAACUAAAUAAUGAAA